AAAAUGUUUCUACUGGUCUUAAUUUUCUUAGCUCUGACUUCAUAUGUAUCAGCAGCUCCUAAAGCAACUGGUUGCUCUUUAAACGUAUUGGAAAAUAAUGGCGCAACACCUCUUUUCUUAAAUUUGAAUCACCAAUUUCCAAAUCCAACUUAUAAUGGCUCUGCAGAGGUUGAAUUUAAUGAAAAUGAAAUUUUGUAUAUAGCGUGUCCAAAAGCUGACACUACUAUAUCUAACUAUCCACUAGAACCAGAAGGUGAAGCAGUACGAUGUGUAGAAAAUACGACUAUUUAUGCAUUAACUAGUGCUAAAACUGUUGAUUUUAAUUCACUCACGUGUCAUCAACAAUUCAGACCAUAUUUUUAUGAACAGUUUCCUGGCCAAACGUGCGAUUUGGGAUUAUACCUUGCAUACAUUGGUCAAAAUAUUGCUAAUCAUUUCACUCCAGUGGUCAAACUUUGUUUUAACCUGGGGCAAGUUGUACCUCUUUAUUCGAAAUAUACAACAAAUAGAUGGAGUGCCCUGUUUAUAAACUACAAUCCAAAUAUUGGCUUUAGUUACGUAGCCCAGCGUCUUUUUGGUAAUCUUAUACCAGGGGAUGUUUAUACACAAUCGAAACAAACGCUGGAAAAUAUGGAUUUGGCUGACUAUAUCACCGACGACGUGUACUUAGUUCCGGGACAAUUAGCGGACUAUAAUGAUUUCCUUUCGCUUUACCAAAGAGACUUAACUUUUGAUUAUGCCAACACGGCUCCCCUGUGGAACACUAUCAAGAACGGAAAUUGGAAAAGUGUGGUAUCGUCUGUUCAAAAGUUGAUUACUCAAGAAAUUGAUUUGGGUAAUGUUACCAUCCUUAGUGGUACCUUAGAUAUAGCAACUUUAGGAAUCCAUACUGGCGACCAUGCUGGCCAACAUAUUGAAGUGUUUUUAGAUGGUAAAAGCAGAAUGCCCGUUCCAGCCUGGUUUUGGAAACUAAUGAUUGCUCCUUCUUCACAAUUCGCUAUACUAUUUUUUGUUUAUAACAAUCCUUACGUUCCCAGAGAUCAACCUGACUACGAUUUUAAAAGAGUUUGUAAAGAAGAUGUAUUGGGAAAUCUUAAUUGGGUCGAAGGAAUUAAUAAUACAGACCCAAAAGCCGGAAUUACCUUUGCAUGUCUUGUGGGACGAGAUUAUUUGCUUGAUGAAACGAUGAGAGAAAUUGUGAACAAUGCUUUAGAAGAAACCAACAUUCAAAGUAAUUUACUUGAGAUUCCUUCGCUUAGCAUGGGUGAAUCGGUAAAAGCUCCUCAAAAACCGGAAUGAAACAAAUAUUGUCCUGAAGUAUAUUAAAAAAAAACUUGUAAUA